UAGUUUUGUUUACACCUGCUCAAUGUGUUCAGCUGGUUCCGUGAGAUUCGUAAACCGCAUCAUCCUGGUUACUGGAAUACUGGAACAAAAUGGUUAAAACUGCACCGGCAACAUCAACAGGCGAUGGCAGCAACUUUAUCUGCGUCCCAGGCCAGCGGCUUUGUGCCGUGACAGAGUACACCGUUGGCGGCGAAGGAACCUACGAGAAACUCGGUUAUUUGCACGCGAGCCUCUCCGGGGUCGUUCGAAUACGGAAACGGAAGAAGAAUAACCAUAUCUCCGUAGCAUCAUUCGGAAGUAAAACCGUUGUUCCAGUUAUGGGAGAUGUUGUGACUGCCAAAAUUACGGUUAUAAAUCAACGAUUUGCAAAAUGUGUAAUUAUUUGCAUUGGGAAAACCUGUCUGAACAGACCAUACAGAGGCAUCCUCCGGAAAGAAGACGUUCGCGCCACCGAGAAAGAUCGAGUUGAAAUGUACAAAUGCUUCCGCCCGGGAGAUGUUAUCCUUGCGCGAGUGCUCCCUCAAAUCGAACUCAACACCUAUCACCUCACAACGGCCGAGAACGAGCUCGGCGUGGCGGUGGCAUUGUCCACCCGUAGCCUGGAACCGACCCCGAUGGUGCCCGUUGGCUGGACGGAAAUGCAGUGUCCGGUGACGCUUGCGAAAGAACCCCGAAAGGUGGCCAAGAUCGUGCCCGAAACCGCGCCGCCAAAUUACGAUGGAAAGUUGUGAUGUGUGAGCAAAAGACAAUAAAUAAAACGAAUGAAAAUUAUGAAA